UUAUCUUUCCACGGCCAUCCGGAACUUGUUAUGAGUUGCUGGGUCCGAGGCCGUCUUCAUGGUGUGGGCUGCGGUGUCCGUGAGGAGGACUCCUGGGAUCUGGGAAUGGAGUCAGUGACCUUUGAGGAUGUGGCUGUGAACUUCACCCAGGAGGAAUGGACUUUGCUGAAGCCUUCCCAGAAGAAUCUCUACAGAGCUGUGAUGCGGGAGACCGUCUGGAACCUGGCCUGUAUAGGUCAAAAAUGGCAAUUCCAGACCGUUGAAGAUAAAAACAAAACUCUCAACAGAAACCUAAGACAUCAAGUGCUAUAGAGAUUCUCUAAACACAGAGAAAGUAAACAACAUGGAGAAACAUUCAGCAAGACUCCAAAUCAUAGAGUGAACAAGAAAGCUUCUAGGGUAAAACAGUGUAAAAGCCAUGUGUUGAAAGAAGUGGCCAGUAGUUUUUCAGUGGACAUCAUAAUUAACAAUGGACACAGGCCAUCUGGAUAUCAGGAAUGUACAGAGAGGCCCCAUGAAUGUAAAAAAUGUGAUAAAGCUUUUAAGUGGCCCUGUGACCUUCGAAAUCAUGAAAGGACUCACACCGGAGAAAAACCUUAUGCAUGUAUGCAGUGUGGGAAAACCUUUGCUUGUUCCACCUACUUUCGAAGACAUGCACAAAUUCACACUGGAGAAAAACCCUACAUAUGCCAGCAAUGUGGGAAGUCCUUCCGGUGUUUUAGUUUCCUUGAAAUACAUGAAAGAAUCCACACUGGGGAGAAACCUUUUGCAUGUAAGCACUGUGCAAAAGCCUUCACUCGUGCCAGUACUCUGCGAAUACAUGAAAGAAACCACAAUGGAGAGAAACCUUAUGUGUGUGAGCUAUGUGGGAAAGCUUUCCAAGAGUACAGCAAAAUGCUAAGGCAUGGAAAAACUCACAAUGGGGACAGACACUGUGCAUGUGAGGAAUGUGGGAGAGUCUUCAGGAGCUACGGUUACUUGCAAAAUCAUAUAAGGACUCACACUCGCCAGAAACCCUAAAUAUAGAAUGUGAGAAGCCUCUUUAUCCCACAGCCACCAUAGCACAAAUGAGAAUGCCUAGAGCAGGGGCCUCUUGUCAGGGUAGAUUGAGGAAAGCCUCUAGCACCUGGGUUCCAUUGACAGGGUUGAAAGAACACAGUACAGAGAAAAACGUUAGAACAGAUGUGCAAAAAUCUUUAGUUGGUCCUCACGUAAGAAUGUAUGCUGGAUUGAAACCCUGUGAAUGAGAAAAAUAUCAGAGAGAUGCCAGUUGUAAUAGUUUUGGGGUCCUGUAAAAGUUCUUGUCCUGAAAGCUUAUGAAUUUAAGUAAUACAAAGAGCAUAAUGCCAUACCUGACCUGAAGGAAACCUAAAAUUUACGUUAAUAAUGCAUCCAUCAUUGGUUCUCUUUUUGGGCAGAACAUGUUUGAGCUAGUCAGAUUACUGUCGUUAGGUAGCAGAUUCUAGAUGUUUCUUACAUUUUGCAUAUUUUUAUAACUGUGAAUGUGCUUUGUUUUACCUGUUUUAGGACACAUGUACAAAAUACCUUUGUUUUGUCUUGAUCUAUCCUAAUCUCUGAGGAGCAUCAUUUGAUGCUGUGUGUAACUUCAUAAGGUGCAACCUUGUAGAUGUGAGGCCUACUGAAUUCUCAGCCUUUUUUUUCCUUCUACUUAUUAUCUAAACACUAAAUCAUUUCCUGCAAUGUAUAAGUAUACUGUUCUCCAUAAAUGCACAUGCUCUUGAACCUA